AUGUGCGCGAGGCCGACAGCGGAAUUUGUGGAGGAACUACUCUGUGGAAGCACUGAGAAGAAGCGUCAAAGCUGUCAAGAGCUGGACGCGGUUUACAAGCAGCCGCGAGAAAUAACAGACAUCGGUGAAAAAUAUGUUCACCCUGAGUUACAUGAGUCAGAGCUCCCCAACGUUAAAAAGGAAGAAGAAGAGUACCCAAUCAUCAAAGAGGAAGACGAAGCAGAGCCCCUCUACAUGAAAGAGGAAGAGCCAGAGCUUCCCAACUUCAAAGAAGAUUAUAAUGUCACUUUUAUCCCUUUUAAGAGUGAAAAUGAGGAUGAGGGUCCUAGUGAGGAGAACAGAGGAGCGGAAUCUCCAAGCAGCAACUCAAGUGAUCACCUUUCUACAGAAAGUGACGGCGAGCACUGUGGAGCUGAAUCACAAGCCAACAACGUUAUGGCUCCACUAUCAGACAGUGAAGACCUGAGAUUAGACACUCCUGAUGGUGAUGAUGAUGAACAGUCUCAAGGUGAUAUGACAUGUCACAAAGAUGACAAAUGCUGGAAAUGUUUUCAGUGUGGGAAAACAUUUAAUUCAAAGGGGACUUUGAACGUUCACAUGAGAAUACACACUGGUGAGAAACCUUUUGCCUGCGCAAUUUGCGGCCAAACAUUCUCUGUCAAGUCAGGUUUGACGAGACACACCAGGAGACAUACUGGUGAAAAACCUUUUGCUUGCUCAGUUUGCGGUCAAAUCUUUGCGGAAAGGUCAACUUUAACUCUGCAUACAAGAACACACACUGGAGAGAAACCUUUUGCCUGUUUAGUUUGCGGUAAAAAAUUCUCUCAUAAGGGAACUUUAACAGUGCAUUCAAAAACGCACACUGGUGAGAAACCUUUUCCCUGCUCCGUUUGUGGUCAAAGUUUCACGAGGAAGGGAAAUUUAACAGCACACACACGGACACACACUGGAGAGAAACCUUUUGCUUGUUCAGUUUGCGGUCAAACAUUCGCUGUAAAGUCAAUUUUAACAUUGCACACAAGAACACACACUGGAGAGAAACCUUUUGCCUGCCUAAUUUGUGGUAAAAGAUUUUCUGCCAAAUCAAAUUUAAACAUGCAUACAAAAACACACUGA